AUGGUCCGUGAUGAUGGUCCAGGAGAUGGAUGGUAUUGCGGUAUUGCAGGGGACGGGAAGAUUAAAGAAAUAAAAUGGAGGUAUCGUGAAGGUGGAAACCUGUAUAAUAGUGUGGCUCACGAGGUGAUACAUGGAACUAUUACUCAAAGUAGAAAAGUAGAUGUGAUCGAGGAGAUAUAA